AGAGACAUCAGUAAGAAUGUCACCAUAUCAUUGAGAAAUACUGAAACAAGCCAUUGAAGAAGCUGAACACCUAUUCCUAGGAAUCAUUAAACACAGGUCUGCAACAUGAAAGUCACAGGCAUCACAAUCCUCUUUUGGCCUCUCUCCAUGGUAUUAUUAUCAGACAAAAUCCAGUCUUCUAAAAGAGAAGUCCAAUGUAAUUUCACUGAAAAAAAUUAUUCCUUGAUUCCAGCAGAUAUCAAGAAAGAUGUCACUAUACUUGAUCUCAGUUAUAACCAAAUUACUCUUAAUAGUACAGACACAAGAGUUCUACAGACAUACUUUUUACUCACAGAGCUCUACUUGAUUGAGAACAAUGUUACUGUCUUACAUAAUAACAGUUUUGAUAACCUCUCCAGUCUAGAAAUUUUAAAUAUCUGUAGAAACUCCAUCUAUAUAAUUCAACAGGGUGCAUUUUUAGGCUUAAAUAAACUAAAACAGUUACAUCUCUGCCAAAACAAAAUAGAACAACUGAAUGCUGAUAUAUUUGUGCCUCUAAGAGACCUAAAACUUCUGAAUCUGCAAGGCAAUUUUAUUAGCUAUUUGGAUGUACCACCACUAUUUCAUCUGGAAUUAAUAACUUUAUAUGGAAACCUAUGGAACUGCUCUUGCAGUCUAUUUAAUUUGCAGAACUGGUUGAACACAUCAAAUGUGACAUUAGAAAAUGAGAACAUCACCAUGUGUAGCUACCCCAACAGCCUGAAGAGCUACAAUAUUAAAACAGUACCUCCUAAGGCUGAAUGCCACUCAAAACUUCCUUCACCAGUAUCUGAAGAUCUUUAUAGUCCUUUUCAGCCCAUCAGCAAUUCAACAUUUAAUAGCUCUUUGAACAACUUAACAAGAAAUUCAGAACGUGUACCUCUUGGAAAAAGCUGGGCUUUUCUCAUUGGUGUUGUUGUCACUGUACUGACAACUUCACUUCUCAUUUUUAUUGCUAUCAAAUGCCCAAUAUGGUACAAUAUUCUGCUUAGUUAUAAUCAUCAUCGCCUGGAAGAGCAUGAAGCAGAAACCUAUGAAGAUGGUUUUACUGGAAAUCCAAGUUCUCUUUCACAGAUACCAGAAACAAACUCUGAAGAAACUACAGUAAUAUUUGAACAAUUACAUUCAUUUGUGGUAGACGAUGAUGGAUUUAUUGAAGACAAAUAUAUAGAUAUCCAUGAAUUACGUGAAGAAAAUUAAUUUCUUUCAAAGUUUGCUUUUAAAACAAAGUUAUCAGCUCACUCACAGUUUAGAUAUGGAGAUUUUGCUAUGUGAUAUACAAAAAUACAGCUAGCAGACAUUUAUAUUAAUGACAACAUACAUGAAUAUCAUAAAAUUAUGUUCUUUGCAUUGUAUUGAGCAAGCAGGUCCAAAUACAAUAACUGACACUCCCUGGUAGCUGACAGUUACAUAGUUUACAAUACUAGCACUCCUAUUCUUAGCAGUGUUUGGGUGACCAUACAGACUAGUAAAAAGGCCUAAAUUAUUCAUUAAUUAAAAUGAACGGAUUAUCAUAUUAACAUAGAUAUUUGACAUAAUAUGUAUUAAAUUAUACUAAAGUUUCAAUCAGUAAAGAAAUAAAAGUUUGGGAUUUAUUAAUAUACAGUAAGUCAAAGUGAGGAACAGAUAGCUUAAAUAAUACAACAAGAUUGAUUUUAUGCUCACAGAAUAAAUUCACAGAGUUGGAAAAUAUUUUUUCAAAAUGCUUCCUGAAAUAGCACAAUAAAUUUCCUUAAAAUUUUAUAGCAAUUUAAAGUACAAGCACAAUGUUCAGGCAUAAUCCCUAAUAAGUCACUACUGAUUCUGGUUAUAAAGAAAGGCUGUCACCAUAAUGCAGGAUCACUACAGUUGAACAUCAUAGUGGCUUACAAAGUGGGCAUCACAAUAAUCUAUAAAUCUUGUUUUAAAAAUACAUAUUUCUACCUCUCUCUGGGAGAUUUUUAUUCAAAUUGGUCUGUGCUGGGACUGAGGAAUCUUCGUGUGUUCCAUGGACAGCUGUUUCUAUCUAUUCAGUAGAUACAGCAAUGUUUCCCAAAU